GAAGCAAGUUUGAAGUAACUGUUGAACGUAGUAAGUAUCUCUUAUUAGUCUGUGCUGUUGAACGUAGAACGUAUAUGCUCUUGCUGUUGAACCACGGUUUGAAGAAAUUUAAAAUUGUAAACAGUUACUGGACUGAGGUGCUGCACAAUGCAGCAAUCAACGGACACCAUGGAACUGAUCAGCAUUGAGAAGAAGAAUUUGACAUCAAUGAAACUUGUCUUUUCAAUUGAUGCACUAAAACAAGGCACCUACAUAAGCCACAUUUAUGAUAUUUAUAACAUGAUAGACAUACAAUUUCUUCUCAAACAACAUGAAGACGAUGACCUCGAAUAUUACAUCUGCGCAAGAAAAUCUGAAUCGGCCUGCGCAAGCAAUUUAAAAAUUAAGAUUCAAAGAGCCUUUGAGGAAGCUGCACACACCUGCCAUUUGACAUGUAAAGUUCACUGGAGCCAAUGGCAACCUAUGGGAUACGAUUUAUCAAAUGACUCAAAAAGAUACCUUCAUCUCCAUUGCACUGUCUCUAUCACUUCUAAAAGAGAAGAUGGAGUUAUAAAGAGCCUUCAUGAAGACGAACAUUAUACCGACUUUCAAUUAAGCGCCACUGACGGCACUGUUGCAGUACACAAAGUACUCCUAGCUGCAAAUAGUCCGGUAUUUAAGACAAUGCUUAGCGGAGAAUGGAAGGAGGCAACUGAGGGCUGCCUAAAAGUUAAAGGUGUUACUCUCAGGACACUUAACCACCUGAAAGACUACAUGUAUUUGGGAGUCUUGCCUAACAGUGAUGUUUGUUCACUUCUCUUAGUAGCAAACUGCUACCUGAUUGAUACUUUGAAGCAAGAAUGCAUCAUUAAAAUCGCACAAAGCGUGACACCUGAGAACUUGCACAAAUUAUUAGAAUUUUCUACACAUAAUCAGAUCCCAGAAUUAACAUAUGCAAUACUUGAAGCUGUGCCAAAAUAUAUGGUCAAAUUAGCUCAAAAAAUAAGAAUCUCGAAACGUUAACCAUUUGACAUAAUUAUAGACAGAAAAUCAGUUACUUAAUGAAGAUCAAGCAUUUUUGAUAUUGUAUGAUGAAGAUGUUGAUUACAUGAUUACCUGCCAAAGUAAAUUAUUCUUAGAAUAUUUAUUUUAGAGACAAGGAAAUAUGCAAAGUUAUGUUAUGAUACAUUGAUGGUGCUUAUGGCAACUACUUCUUUUUUAGGGUUCUGUAGUCAACCCUUAUAGUUUCGCCUUAAAGGUCCGUGGUCGUUAGUGCUAGAACGCUGCAAUUUGGCAUGGAUAUAUAAUUCAAUAAAUGCGACAAGUAAUUUUUUUAGGGUACCUCCCCUACUAGUACCUACAGUGGGGAUGUUUUUUUUUUUCUCUAACCCUACAUGCACUUGUCCGGUUUUUAUUCUUUGCAAUUUCAAAGUUACCUACAUAUAUACAAUACAGCAGCAUUAACUGUUAACUUUCUUAAAAAUAUGACUAGAGCUAUACAAUGAUAUCCAUGCCUAAAACUACUCGUUUGGAAGCUUAUAACAGAGGUCAGACAAGAACAGUUAUUAAGAUAAGAUAAAUAGAUAGAUAGUUAGAUAGAUUCUUUAAUUGUCUUGUAGUUACAGUAAAUAGAAAAUAGAAUACAGCCAGAUUCACCAGUUGUAUAAAGAAAGAUGAAACCUUUGUAUAUUUCCUUGUUUCCGUUGAUUCACAUAUUUACUAUUUCACCUCCUGAUGACCAGCAUCAUGCACAGUGGAGUGGAUAUGGAAACAUAAUCUCUUUUUACUAAGCUAUAAGUACUUUUGACGCAUGGUCUGAUAUAUGUAACUUGAUGCUGACUGUACAGAGGCAACAAUUGUGCCAUUUUCAACCAAAAGGGUACUUAGUUGGUUGUCAAUAAGGUGCUAUUUCCAUAUAGCUUCAAUUUGAAAUCAACCUUAUCGACAACCGAUAAUGUGGUACCUUUUGGUUGAAAACGUCACAGUUAAUUAAUGACUGACAAUUUAUUAUAAAACGCCAAAUUUUAAUACCCAUUACCCAGUUGUCAGGAGGUUAAAUAAAGUUUUAAAAUAUAACUAUUAUUUUAAGCGAGAUGGUGGCAAGUGCUGCAACUGUGUAUAUAUUUUUAGGUUUCGGGUACUAUAUGUAUAAUUUUAUUUGGUACAAAUCCACAAAAAAGUUAUAUUAUGUACGGUCAGCUACAGAGAAAAGGUGCCACGCACGCUGCAUACAAACUUCUAUGCAGGGGUGGCACAUUUUCUCUGCAGCUGACUGUACUUAUCGUUAGAUACCGACAACGAAAGCAGCCAAAUAAAGUGUCUAACUUUGCACCAACUUUGAACAAAGUGUAGACGUGUCAGUGAAUUCAAAGAAAUAAUUCGGACGUUGAUUACUGUAAUAUGACUCACGUUAGAAGGGUCCGGGUCCCAGCCGAGGCGUCCAACAUUUCUUUUUCUAUAGAAAACAUCACAUGAUCAUCAAGGCUAGGAAUAGUGUCGGACGCGUCGGCUCGGAGCCUUCUAGCAUGACUCAUUCUAUUGCCAGUGUGCUUACCCUUUGAACGCCUGAUGGCGAAGGAAUAUGCCGUGCCUUGGACGCCAGGCCAUCGCGAUUAUUUAAGCAAAAUUGAGCUCCCCAAGUCCUGUGUAAGUCCCCAUUGCAUUUGCGAAGCUGACGGCUGUGGCCGUCGUUGGCAAGACUUUCCGAUGACGUCCACAGCCGUCUGUGGGGCUCAAAGGGUUGAAGUAUAGAUAGGCAUUUUUUUUUCGUAUGUAUAUUCUGAGCAAACUAUACUGAAAUAUGUAUAACUAAACUAAGAAAUACAGUGAUAAGGUAGUAAAUAAGAAAAAACAGUGGAUAGAUAAUUAUGUUUAUUUUAUUGAAAUUGUAUUUUAUAAAAAUUUUAACAUUAUCGACAAACCAGAAAAAUAGAUGCUGUAAUACAUGAAUCGUGUCGCUUAACUUGAAACUCGGGUAAAUCCAUUCGACAUCGACCCUCAGCAAAUAUCUACCCUAUUUUAUUACCUUUUCUUAAUACCAAAUUCGCAUAAUCUGACAAAUUGAUUUACCCGAGUUUGAAGUUAAGCGACUCGAUCUUUGUGACGAAACUGUAAAGGUGACAUAAGGAUGUCAACUGUAGCUGCAUUACUGUUGCCGCCCCUGUAAUCAAUCGGUUCGCCGCCGCAUUACUGCCGCGAUUAUGACGUUCAUUCCAUCACCCGUUUUAUCAAGAAAAUUGAUAAAUACAGCAGCGGCAACAACGACACUGCAACAGUAAUGCAGCUGCAUGCUGCAGUUGAUAUCCGAACGUCAUCUUAAUAAGACUUAUGAAUCUGUACCACAAAAGGAACAUAUAGCAAAAUCAUCUGUACACUUGUAUAGUAAAUACCUAGUCAAUUAAUGAAGAUUUUAAUUUUACCUAUAUUUAAAUACUCCAAUAAUGUUUCGUCACAAAUAGAUUAAGUAGCUUAAAGCCAUACUGAUGCAAAAAAGGUUUUUUUGUAAGUAAUAAUAAGUAUAAUUAUAAAUGUACAAUUUUAAAUUUAGAAUCAUUAGCAAAGACAUUAACUUGCAUUUUAUGUUCAUACCUAUGUGAAAGUAGUUUUUAUUUCUUUUAUUAUUUUUACGCAAUCGGAAAACGAUAUUGUGAUAUUAAUCAGAAAAAUAAUGAGUGAUUAAACUGUGAUUUAAAUA